CUUCCUUGGAGCAUACUCGGUCUUUGAUCACGAAGAUUUGUUUUCGUUGUGUGGACAAGAGCUAUCUUUGGGACUUGAUCACAUUGACACAGCUUGCUUGCUUUUUGCGUCCGACUUCUUCAACAAGUUGAGCCGCCAUGGUGACACUUGGCCUUCCAUACGCACUGGGUGUUCACGCAUCGUCGUUGACUAUCCUGGUCUUUGUCAUGGUCACAUUCGGAAUCGGAUAUUGGGUGCUUCGUUUCUGGAUUGAAAACUACGAAGACGAAUUCAGCCACACCAAGUCGUACAGGAGGUCGUCUCGCAGCAAGAACGAGGUUUCAGACAACACCGGCGCGUCACAGCAUGCCGAAUCUUCGAAAGAAGUUGAAGGAAAGGUGAUGGAUGAUGUAUCCAAGAGAGGUUCGUUUGACGGUCGCCGGGGUUCCGUGUACUCGUCGAGCAUAGACCCUGUUACCUUGCUGGAGAUCAAGUCCUUGAAAGAGUCGAUCGCGCACGCGCUUGCGACGGGCGACAAGGAGCUGGAGUGCAUGUCAUCCAUCAUGCUGGCUGAUAAGUGUCUCUCGGUCCUGGAGCUCGAACGUGCGGUCCGUGCAAGCAUGCAGGCUUUGGAGAUUGCCAGACAUUGCCAGGACCCUUUCAUGGAGGGAAGGGCGCAUGAGAUCUUGGCGAGGGUGUACCUCCAUCAGAACCAGCAUGACCUCGCCUCGAAGUACGCCAACAACGUUCUCAACAUCUCGAAGAUGAUUCAGAACAAGAAGCUCGAAGGAGAGGCGUGCGCAAUCCUCGUCCAGUGCCUCCUACAUUGCACGGAUUCCUCCAAGAACCAAGGCAGCGACAGGAAGACCUGGAGGCAAUCCUCCUCGAAUGUUGUCGGCUCUUCGUUCCGCUCGCGCAAUUCCGUGGGCAGCAGCAACGUCGACCGUUUUCAGAAGAGCACCUUGCACGGCCGGUUGACAAGACAGGCCAAGGCUGAAGAAGGGAUUACCAGGGCGCUUAGCAACGCAAACGAGGUUGAGUUUGUUCGCAAAGACUCCGCAUGCUCAACAAACAGCGAUCAGAACAACCCUGAGAUGCCAAACAUGUUUGUUCGAAGAAGUUCCUUCUGAGCGCUCCUCACUUUCCCUGUUCAGAUUUGUAGAUAUGGAAACUUUGUAAUUCCUGUUUGAUAUUUUAUUUCUUCUGAUGAUUAGCAAUGAAAAAUAUUUU